AUGUUGUUACAUAGGGCAACGAUCACUCCAUCUGAAUCACCGUCAUCAUUAAUUUUAAAAGAACAUCCUUCAUCGGUUCCAGCUGCAAUGACUGAUAUAAAAAUAUGCAAACUUGUUCGUGAAUUUCAAAAAUUAGGAAUUACACUGGAAAAUUCAAAAGCGUACAUUGAUAAAUAUAGUGAUUCAUUACUAGACCCACAACAGCUAGUAGUUGGAGCAAGACGAUAUGGAGUUGUCGAAGAUAUUGGCAAUUACUUGUUCUACCUUGGUAGUGAUCAACAUUUUUCACCAAUAAAUUAUGGUAAUGGUGAAAAGAGUACCACCUCACGGAAUUCCGGCGGUUACAUCUCAUCUGGUCACGCUUCUGGUACAGACGAGUUUUAUGUCGGAGUUGACGGUGGCAGUGAAGGCUAUUUCGAAGAAUUAAAGCGUUAUAGUUUCAGUAAGUCUGGUACUACGCCUCAAAACAUCUGA